AUGGGUUCUGAUUUUGGUAACCCGCUGAGGAAGUUCAAGUUGGUGUUCCUUGGUGAACAGUCCGUCGGCAAAACGUCGCUCAUAACGAGGUUCAUGUACGAUAGUUUCGAUAACACGUAUCAGGCGACGAUCGGCAUCGAUUUUCUAUCUAAAACCAUGUACCUCGAGGACAGAACGGUUCGCCUCCAGCUGUGGGAUACCGCCGGCCAAGAGCGAUUCAGAAGUCUUAUUCCUUCCUAUAUUCGCGAUUCAACUGUUGCCGUCGUGGUCUACGACAUCACAAAUGCUAAUUCUUUUCACCAGACCGCUAAGUGGAUCGAUGACGUGAGAACAGAACGUGGUUCCGAUGUAAUCAUCAUGUUGGUUGGCAACAAGACCGAUCUGGCGGAAAAAAGACAGGUAAGCACAGACGAAGGCGAGCGAAAGGCGAAAGAGUUGAACGUGAUGUUCAUAGAGACAAGUGCCAAGGCUGGAUACAACGUCAAACAGCUUUUUCGACGCGUAGCUGCUGCACUACCGGGAAUGGAAGAAACACCGAAUAAGCCGACACAGGAUGGUAUGAGUUUCGUCAUUUAG